AUGAUAGAAAAGGAGGAUAUAAUGUGCAUUGAAAAGACAGGUCUUGGACCGUUUUGGGAAGAGUUUCUUGUGUUUAUAGAGGUUGGGAAAAGCGUUGGGAGACUCUAUAGCCUUCGUGUAAUGAAGAAAAAGAAGAUAAUAGACUACGGUGAGUGCGACAUGGUACAUAACGAGUAUUACGUCAGAUCUCGGAUAAGACAUCCUUUUCUCAUCAACACCAUAUGCGGAUUUCAGGACUAUGAGCAUCUGUUCCUGGUUUCUGAGCAAUCCCAAAACCACCUUUCUAGCCUGAUCAGUUCCGAGGGGAGAUUUUCAGCAAAAGUGUCUAGGUUCUAUAUGGCAGAAAUACUUCUGGCAAUACAACAUCUACAUUCGAAGGGGCUCACCUAUGGAUUUCUAUCUCCAAAGAACAUGAUGAUAGGAGAUGACGGACAUAUAAAACUGAAAUACGACUUUUUGAACAAGAUAGACUGUGUGGUUGGGGAUAUUGAGCAUAACAUAGAGUAUGCAUCGAUGGAUUAUGCAGACAAUGGAGAGCUAGAGCCGGUAUCAGACUACUGGUCCAUGGGGAUAGUGUUAUACCACAUGCUUGGAGGCAUAACACCAUUUGCAGCACCAGAUAUGGACUCUGUCAUUGCAAGAAUUAGGAUGAAUAGGAUUAGAUUUCCGGAGUUCUUUGACAAGCAUGCCAGAGACUUGAUAUCAAAGCUGCUGGUUGCAUCUCCUAGAAACAGGCUUGGAUAUGUGGAAGAAGAUGCAGAGGCUAUCAGAAAGCAUCCAUUUUUUGAGGGGAUAAGCUGGGAGGAUGUCCUGAAGAAAAGGACAAAACCUCCGUUUCUGUUCAACAUCACAAGAAAGGAGCACACCUCAAAGUCAGCAAGCCUCAGGAUUCUCUACACAACAGAUUACCUUCCUGAUCAAAAGGAUGGAUAUGGACAAACAUUCAGAGGAUAUGGGGCCAUAUAUUCUCCAGACACUCAUAGAAAAAUAUGGAGGUACGGCUAUAUUUGA